AAACCUCACCCAGGGCUCCCCUGCGUGCUGGAUGUGGCCCCGGCUAGGAGCGGCGGCUGAGGAGAGCUUCGCUCACAGGCGCCUUUCUUUGUGUCCUUCUCUAUCCUUUCCUCGUCUCGCUGCUGUAUGAAUCCCUCUGAGGAGUCCUGACAGCAGGGCGGGCGCUCAGAGACUCGCUGAGUGGCGGUUCUGAGGAGACCCCACAGGUCACUUGGUUCAGGAAUGUGGCGCCCCAAAUAGGCUUCAGAGCCUGGGACACAAGGAAAUAUGAGAAAGCAAACCCCAGGAAUGAAGGGGUGGCUAGAGGCACUCAGGCAUGGCUAGGUUUAGGAUGGCACCACACGCCUUCUAGAGCUGACCCAAGGAGACAGAUGUGAAAAUCAUCGGGUGAAAGUUUGCUGGAAAGAUGAUACUUACAUAGUCUGAAAAAUAAGGGGAAAGAAAAGUGAAACUUCUACAAUCCCCAUCCUUCAUCUCCAGUUUCAGUAUAAGUAAGGGCGGCAUCAUGGGGACGCCAGCAGAAGCUGAGAAGCAGUGGAACGAACAGAAGAGCAGAGAAGCAGAGAGAAGGCUGGAGAGCCCAGAUAGAGUGAAGACUUGCUGGGGGCUGGGAGGACUGCCAGCCUCCCAGCCCCCCAGCACCCCCGCCUGCUGUGUACCAGCAUUGAGAAUUACCGUGGUCUGGCUCCUGACCCGAAGAUGAAUCUUGAAGGACCCAUAGAGGAAAAGUAUCAUGGAAAUAAAGGUGAAAUCCACAGAGAAAUCCCCAGGGAGAGAAUCAUGAGAGAUGAAAUUGCAACAACAGUUUUCUUUGUUACAAGAUUGGUGAAAAAACAUGAUAAAUUGAGUAAACAACAAAUAGAAGAUUUUGCAGAAAAGCUGACUACAAUCUUGUUUGAAACAUAUAGAAGUCACUGGCACUCAGAUUGCCCUUCCAAAGGUCAAGCCUUCAGGUGUAUCAGGAUAAACAAUAACCAGAGUAAAGAUCCCAUUCUAGAAAGGGCUUGUGCUGAAAGUAAUGUGGAUUUUUCCCACCUGGGACUUCCUAAGGAGAUGACUAUUUGGGUAGAUCCCUUUGAAGUGUGCUGUCGGUAUGGUGAGAAAAACCACCCAUUCACAAUUGCUUCUUUUAAAGGGAGAUGGGAGGAAUGGAAACUAUGCCAACAAAUAAGUUAUGCUGUUAGCAGAGCCACACUAGACUACUCCUCCAGCACUUCCUCUGAUGAAGAAAGUUGUAACAAAGAACCUCAGAUAAUUCCUAAAGUCAGCAAUCCAAAGAGUGUGUAUCAGGUUGAAAAUUUGAGACAGCCCUUUCAAUCUUGGUUCCAGAUCCCCCGCAAAAAGAAUAUGGUGGAUGGCCAUGUGGGCCUUCUAGGAAAUGCUUAUCAUGUGUUGCAUAAGAACCCCAGGGGCCCUAGGCCUGCAUUCCACAGGGUGGACAGGUACCAUUGGGUCAACACAAACCAAUAAUGCAGUGGCUGGACUCAUAGUGGAGUAGAGCUCAAAGGAGCUGUUUUCUCUAAAAAGAAUGAGUCCAAUAUUUCGAGGUCCAUGACAAAGCAGAAAAAAAUAACCACAUAGGGAUCAGGGUUUAUGAUCUUCCCACACAGAACAUGAUGAUUUUAGCUGAACUUCUCAUUCUUUUUUAAUUUUAUAUGAAAUUUUAUGUACCAUUAAUGAAUGUACCCAAUACAGUAAUAGCGUGAAGAUACUGAGCUGUGAUAAGACUUAAUGAUUUAUGAAAAGUAAGAGUUUAAAUAAACAUACUGUGCUUUUAAUCCCUUUCUAGUUCGAUUUGUUGCAAGAAAGUUUUUAGAAGUUCGUGUUUCUUUGCCAUUAAAAAAACAGGCCCUGCCUUUUGGGAAGAGUGAUCCUCACAGUAUUUUGGUUUUAACUUUAUGACCUGCCAUCUCUGUUCUACACUUGAUCUUAGCCAAAAGGCCGAGAAGUGAUGCCAUCUCUGUUCUAUUUCACAAGAUCAGUAAGAACUUGUUAAAAAAUUACUCUUAAAGGUAAAUUUCCUUGUGUCUUCAAAUUUUGGUUUCUUUGUAAAUCUUGGUAGACUUAAUAAUUAUGACAUUUUAUAAAUGACUCAUGCUCAUUAUAAGGAAUUCAAGCUAAGCAGAAAAAAAGGGAUAAAAAAUUUAAAAAGACAUUAUCACCAAAAAAGGUCAUUAUUACCGUUAAGUGGUAACCAUCUUCUCAGUCAUCCUCUGCUCUCACACAGAUGUAAGGUUGAUAUACAGACAAUUUAAUAAGAGAAAACCAUACUGCAGAAGCUACUUAUUAAGUAUUUGGAUUUAAUUUUAGUCGCUGUUAGCAAAACAAAGAAACCUAAAGAGAAAUACGCAAAUGUGUCAUUUUCUAUCAUAAUGUCUUUUAUUUCCUGAAAUAUUUCUCUAGGUUAAAACAAAAUAAAGCAAGACUAGGAGAUUGAAACUGUCUUGAAACCUUCCCCUCCACCCCCCCACCCACACACAAUUUUGUGCAGUAUUGAUUAUUUCUAUGCAGGCUGCAGAUAUUAGCAGUCUUAUUU